AUGACCUCCAUGUAUGACGCCAUGCCCGGCCCACCACCUCCUCCACCCAUGCCGGGCGCAGGUCCCGGACCUGGUGGUCCGCCGCGACCGCCAGUACCUGGAGGUGGAGGCGCAGCAGCCAUGCCUGGUGGUCGCCCUGGCGGAGGACCAGGCGGCAUGCCACCAGGAGGACCAGGAGGACUGGGACCUGGGGGGCCAGGAGGCCGCCCCAAUGCCAACAUACACCGACCGCUCGAUCAUCAACUAGGCAACGCGACGGGCCCUGUGACCCGCAGCUUCCACGGUUGGUCCUUCCGCAAAGACCGCGAGCCGGGCGUUGAGCCGUCGUGGGCCCGCGCGCGCAAGACACCACUGCCCUACUCGGCCGACGAGCUUCUUCGCAUCGUGAACCGGACCACAACCACUUCCCCAACUUCGUCGUCGAACAAGAAGGGGAAUGGAAAGGGCACCGUGUCCGAGCAGUAUAACUCCCUCCGGUCGUCACAUCAGCGCGCAUUGGUCGACGGUCUACUCGAGGCCGUAAAAGCCGAGGAGCGAAACCAGAAUGCGGAGUGGACCUUGGCGUGUAUCGAGCAGGAUAUAGCCGAGUACAUCCGUAGGGACCGUGGCAAGAUUAGGGAGGUCCGGGAGAUGCGCGUCGUGUUGAGGAGAGGGCCGAGAAGAGAUGCCCCCGGCGCCAGUGCCCCGAUUGGAGAUGGGCUACCCGGCGUGAUAAUCGAUUUGCUCAACGGGCAGGGGCAGGGGCCUCAUCAGGGAACGCAGCCUUUGCAUCAGCAGCCGUUUGGCGCUGCCCCUGGCGGAGGUCUCGGUCUAGGUGGUGCUCCGCCGGGUGGUGCUCCGCGACCCGCCAUGAAUCCUGGAGGACCUCCCGCUGCCGGCGGACCUAUGGGCGGACCUUUUGGCGGACCUCCUGGUGGACCCGUUGGCGCACCUGGUGGCGGACCUGGUAGCAGGCCUGUUGGAGGACCCAGUGGCGGGCCUGUCGGCGGACCUAGUGGAGGACCUAUUGGCGGGCCUGCUGGUGGGCCUACGGGUGGACCAACAGUACUUCCACCUCCACCAAUAGCCCCUUCAUUCGGCGCUCAAAAGGGUGGCGCUGGUGGUGGCGCUGGCGCUGGCGCGCAUGGUCCUGCUGGCCGUGGCUCCGUUGGACCCCCUCCUGUUGCCUCCGGAGGCCAGAAAGCAGGAAAGGGACCGAGCCCUCCAAUGAUAAUCCCUGAAAGCGAAUUCUCAGACGAACUGGACGACGACGAUGAUUCGAUUCUUGGAUCGUCCUUCGGCAGACCACACAAGCCCACCGUCAAGGGCAAGAAGAGCGGCGACAUGCCUCGUGUUUCAAUGCCCUUCGGCCGGGGCCAAUCGAGAGAGAGGGAGAGGAAGUCGCCUAAGAUCCGCGAGGCUGAGCCUCACCAGAACCCAACAAUCAUCAUCAAUAACAAGAUCCCGCGAGAGAAGAACAGAGACCGUCACCACAGAGCACACAACCGUCCGAAGCACGAAAGGUACUACGGCAGCAGUAGCGAGGAGAACUAUGGCUUCACUCCUGGUAGCAGCGAGGAUGACAACGAUGACUGGUCCACAGGGCCGUCGUCCAUGUCGUCGGGUUCGCCGCCCCGACAUCACCACCGGUCAUACAGCAGGGAAAGGUACGACUACCCCACUGUCGGCAUGACCCGCGAACACAAGAAGCCGUCUCCACAGCAUCGGCCGAUCUUGCGCGGCUAUCAGCGCCAGCCAGGAGGCUACCCGGUGGAUGCGGAAGGAUACUAUGAGAAUGGCGGUUACGACGCCAUGGAACAGCGCCGCUUUGAUCCUGGCGAGGACUAUCGCCGAUACCGUGCUCCGCACCCCGCCCUGACAGAUAGAGGGCACCGGGCAUACAGUCCGCCGAAUCAAUACCACGAAAGACCCCGGUCGGGAGGAAGAAUGAGACUGCCGCCAGCGCCAGAGGUGAACGCGUAUGAGGCGCCAUGGAGGAGAGCCGACGCGAUGAGGAGAUUGGAGGAAGAGGAGCUGCUUGAGAGGGAGGCAGCAGCGCAGGCAGAUCUGGAUCUCUACAUGCGAAAGCAGAGAGUACGGACUCUGGAGGCGGCGGCGGAUGAGACGAGGGGCCGACGGUACGGGCGAAGAGAUGAUUGGUGGUAG